AUGCCACGGGAGAGGCAGGCUCUGUGCUUGAUCGAGGAUUCGUGUGUGGCCGCCCAGCGGGCCACUGCAGCAGCUUCCGGGUCGGCGCUGGCGGUGGGCGAAGCUGCGGGGGCCGGGCUUAGGCGACGCUGGCUGAAGUUCAAGGCGAGUGAUCCAGCGGCGCAGGCCGGGAUCGGAGAGCUCCGCAGGGGGCUCCGGCACGGGCGCCUGGCCUCCGCGUGCCUGCGAGCGCUGCGGGCGCCAGCCGCGCAGCAGUGCGGAGCGAAUUUCUUCUUGGACGAAGAGGCUGGCUAUGGUAUCAUCUCGGCUGUACAGGCGGGCAGAGUCGCGGUGAUGGCCGUGGUGCAGGCGGUCGUCUUUGGGCAGGCGCAGCUGCGCGGCCGCGGCGAGCAGGCAGGACUUGAGUCCGUGAAGUCCGAGUUCGCGCGCCUCAUGUGCGAGCAGUGCUUGCGGGCAGGCAGUGGCGGGCUCGCUGCCGGGCUGGUGCAUAUCCCCCAAACGGAAGAGGAAGUCCGGGCAGGCAGUGGUGUGAAGGCUAGCGGCUUCGCUGGGCGCGCGCAGCCAGGCAAGGACCCAGCAGCGGGCGGGCGAGUCGCCGGCGAAACCGCAAAGGUGCACUGCGAAAGGCUGGCCAUGCGAGCUGGUCUUGGUCUUGUAGCAGGUUCCGUGCAGGCGUGUAGGAGUCAGGCCGAGGGAGCUCCACUCGACGCGUUGGGCGUCCCCCCAGCGCAGGCUGGCGUGGAUGCAGAGCAGAGCGGCGCCCAGCCAGAGGCGCAGGGCGAGCGGCACGGCGGGCUGCACUAUGUGGCGCUCCCAGGCGAUGACCACGGCCAUGGGUAG